AAUGCAAUAUUACUACUACUACUACUACUACUACUACUACUACUACUACUACUACUACCACUACUACUACUACUACUACUACUACUACUACUACUACUACUACUACUACUACUACUACUACUACUACUACUACUACUACUACUACUACUACUACUACUACUACUACUACUACUACUACUACUACUACUACUACUACUACUACUACUACUACUACUAAAACAGUCCUUCCCCUCGUUUUUGCGUGA